UUCUCCUUCUAUAAAUAACCCUAACCUAACCCAAAAAAAAACUAAGAAACUCGAUAAUCAAAAUCGAAGAAAAAAUUGUUGAGAUGUGCGAAACCCUAAAAACUAAGUACCAACUCAGCGAGGAGAUCGGUCGUGGUCGUUUCGGUACCAUUUUCCGGUGCUACCACCCUGACUCCGCCGUACCAACAGCCGUCAAAGUUAUCGACAAAUCUCUCCUCGCCGAUUCCACUGAUCGCGAGUGUCUCGAAAACGAACCUAAAUUCCUCUCUCUUCUUUCACCUCACCCUAACAUCCUUCAAAUCUUCGACGUUUUUGAAAACGACGAUUUCUUAUCCAUCGUCUUAGAGCUUUGUCAACCUCACACUCUCCUCGACCGUAUCGUUGCGAAUCCUUUAACGGAACAACAAGCCGCUGCGAUAAUCAAAAAGCUUCUCGAAGCCGUUGUUCACUGCCACCGUCUCGGUGUCGCUCAUCGCGAUAUCAAGCCGGAUAACAUUCUCUUUGAUUCUGAAGAUAAUCUCAAAUUAGCUGAUUUCGGUUCGGCGGAAUGGUUCGGCGACGGCGAGAAAAUGAGUGGAGUCGUCGGAACACCGUAUUACGUGGCACCGGAGGUUCUAUUAGGAAGAGAUUAUACAGAGAAAGUUGAUGUGUGGAGCUGUGGUGUGCUUUUGUACAUAAUGUUGAGCGGGAUUCCUCCGUUUUACGGUGAUUCUACGGCUGAGAUUUUUGAGUCAGUUAUUAGAGCGAAUCUCAGGUUUCCUUCUAGAAUCUUCCGUUCUGUUUCUUCUUCUGCUAAGGAUCUGUUGAGGAAGAUGAUGUGUAGAGAUGAUUCUAGAAGAUUUUCUGCUGAACAAGCCUUGGCGCAUCCUUGGAUAGUGAGUGGAGGUGAAGCAAUGAAUCUGAAUUAGAAGAUGUAGAAAGUGUUGUGACUACCGGAAGCAGAGGAAACAGAGCACGGUGGUGUAAAUUUUCCGAUGAAGCGAUGCUGAGUAGAAUUUUCUCUUUCUUUUUAUGAAUCCAAGAAUCUAGAUAUGAGUUUUUAGUUUUUUUUUUUUUUUUUUUGUUGAGAUAGAAUCUUUUAUGGGAUUUUCUAUCUUUUUUUGUUUAUCAUGUGAAAAAUAAAAAAGUUAGGAGGUAGAGAAGAGAAUCUGAGGCUGAAGAAUCAUACUCUUUUUUGCUUUUUUAAUAGAAGGAGGAGUUUGAGGCUUAGUCUGUAGAUCUGGUUUUUGUAUCAUACUACUGCUACUACGGUAUCAUAAUUUUCAAUGAUAAGUGCUUUUGUUUAUUAA